GAUGACGGACUACGAGCGCAUAAAGGCGCAAUGCCUGCAACGGGGGGAGCUGUGGACCGACCCCGACUUCCCCGCCACUCAAGCCUCUGUCUUCUACCACCAGACACCCCCCUUCGACUUCGUAUGGAAACGAGCUAAGGAAAUAUAUGUCAAUCCAAAUUUCGUCUUGGACAAUUGUGACACAUUCGACGUGGUGCCGGGAAAAUUAGGUGACAAAUGGCUGGUCUCCUGUCUGGGCGUGCUGUACCUGAGCAAAGGACUGUUCUACCGCGUGGUGCCUGCCGAUCAGCGUAUGGAUUCCACUUACGUUGGUGUCUUUAGGUUCCGGUUAUGGUGGUGCGGGCAAUGGCUAGAGGUGUUGGUGGACGACCGCCUACCUACCGUUAACGGCAAACUGGCCUUUCUACAGACCAGCCACACAGAGCAGCUGUGGCCCGCAUUGCUCGAAAAGGCUUAUGCCAAAUUACACGGAUCUUAUGAAGCCCUUAAAUACGGAAACUUGUUGGACGGAUUGGCGGAUCUGACAGGUGGCAUUACGGAGUCGCUGCUGAUCACCGAGUUGGGAGACCCUCAGACCCUCGCCGCUCUAUUAAAGACUACCAGUGUGGUCACUGCACAUUACUUACCACCAGUGGGUAAUGCACACGAAGAUAAAGUCAAGGGUAUAGAACUAGAAAUGAAUUACAGGAUAUACAAUGUCGAAAAGGGCACGGUGGAGUCACGGGCCGCGCCGCGCGAAUAUGCGCCAAACGCACAGUGGGAACAGUUCCGCCCGGUGCCGGCGCGGCCCGUGAUAUCCCAGGACGUGGGAAGCCGCCUUUACAUACUGUGUUAA